AUGGUGGGAGAGCAACAUCUUCCGUUUGUCUUCUACGCGGUAUGCAGUGCCGUGCUUCUUGCUCAAGGAAGUCAAGGUACCAUGAAGUAUUUGCUUAUUGAAAUGUUUUACGAAUAUGCCUUUAAAUGCUGAUAUUUGAUGGUCAUUUUCUACGUUAAAAUUCAUGAAAGUUUCAUUUCAAGAAAGACGCAGGAAUCGGGGGUGGGGCGCACAAGGAAAGGGCAAGUUACGGAACUAUGUUCAGGCAUUGCGCUCAAGGCGUUUUGAAAUUAUUGAAAUAUAAAAAUAUUGCAGCCACCGUAAAUAGCCAAGAGGCAAAGGGAGCUUACUUUCACUCACUUUCUUCUCUUAUAGCAAUCAGUUUCAAAGCUGAAAAAAACAACGUCACUGUCAAAAGUCCAGGAUUGUUCGCUUGUGAGACAAUCACAUUUGCUGAACCGUUCUCUGGUGGAAAGCAAGUAAAAGUCUUUGCUUCCUUUGGUCACUCUGUUAACAACAAGGCCCGUGGUAAUGGUGCUGCUAUUUGGGUGGAAUCAGCAGAUAGAACUCAAUUCCGCGCUUGUAUCUACGAGUACAGCAACGGCUCAAAUUCAACUGCUGAGAUAAACUGGGUUGCCCUACAAUCUGCUCCCAAAGGAGCACAACUAGGAGUCACUUCCUUGGACUCUUGGACUACCGGAACAGAAUGUAAGAAGAUCGUCUUUCCUCAGGUACGUUCAAUUAUGCCAUGAUUACCUACAAAGUGCCUAUGCGGAAUUAAUCUAAAAAAGGCAGAAACUGGUCAGUCAUGUAAGGUAUAGUUGAAAGAUGUAACUGACGACCGCAAAUGCGAUUCUUCUUAAGGAACUUAACCAGCUGUUCAAUCAAUAAAUUGACGUCACUUAAGUUUCAAGUUCAAUUACCUAUAUACAAUGUACGUGCUAUUAUGCACGGACUUCAUGACUUAACACGAAAUGAUGAUAGAAGUCUUAAAGGUGAAUCAUUAGUUUGUUUUCAGGACGAUUAAUUCAAUGAAACAGCGAACUUUGUACUGUGAUCUUUUGUUGCGCGGCUCUCCCUCUUUGUUUUCCUGUAUUUUGUUUAACUGUUUUUUUUUUUUUUGGAAUGCGCAGUAUUAUAACUAAGACAGAUGUCCACUCCAUGAUCCACACUAGCCCACUCACAUUAUCACCUACCCCCACUCCCCGACCUCAAGCCCUCUCAUUCUUUCAUCCGUAUUUGAUUAAUAUUACACUCUCAUAUAUGCGAGUCGAAAAGCAAUAAAACAUUGGCAUUAGAAGCCAGGCUUACUCUCGCCACCGUAAAUCUAUUUCGAGAAUCUUUCAUGAAAUAUAAUCAUUAAAGACAGUACACAAACUGAAAUUAAAUUAUUUAGGAAAGAUAUUAGAAGAUAUAACUUGUAUUUUUGGCCAAAUUUGUGUUGUAAUUUAAAUAACUUUACACAAAGUAAUUAUAUUUUACGAUAGCUGGUACGUACUGUUGGUAAAAUAUUUUUGUCCUUUUCUCACGGCUUCAAUGUGAGUGUCUCCUUCCAAAAGAAGUUUUUUCUGUAUGUGGGUGAAAGUCUGUGUAAUAUUAUGAAUCGUGCGUAUAAAUAAAUCAGAAAGAUUCUUUUUGUUGUUGUUGCAGCUGCUGCUGCUGCUGCUGCUGUUGUUGUACAGAGAUGAAGCACUGUUUACUAGAUUGCUCCAUUUAACUUAAUUCACGGUCUCUGAUUAUAAUUUUUGGUGUUUACAACGUGAUGAAUGAGUUGUAAAUUUUCUUUGUCUUUUUUUUUUUCAACGUCCUUUAACUCAUUCAUCUUUUUUCUUUUCUUAUUUAAAGCGUUUUGCGACACCUCCAAUCGUACUUGCGACUCCUAGUCACCGGUUUCCUGAGAGACCUCAAGACGCCAUGGCAGUGUGGGUGGAGGAGUUGACCGAAUACAGUUUUAAAAUCUGUCUUAGGGAAGUGAAAAUUUUCGACGGACUUCACAAAGGCAUUACUAUUGUAAGCAGAGAUAAAAUACUUUUUUAAAGACCUGUAUCCAAUUGCAUCGACUUUUCUUAGCUACACAUAUAUUGUAUUGUAUACAAAAUUUACCAGAAUACUUACAAAUAAAUAGUCGAACUAACCAUACAUUUUUAGUUUUGAAAUAUCAUUCCUCGCAGUUAUUCCUUUAUUAGUGCCUAAACUACAUAAAAAAGGACAAAUAUGUGUAUAAAAUACCUACAGUAAGGUAAGAAAGGUAAGUGAUUCUAUUAGAACCACCUUCAAGACAUUUGGUGAAAAAAGUAAACAAAAACCAAAUUAAAAGAAGCAAAAACUGUCAGUGCAAUCAAAUCUCUGCUACCAUGUGUAAAUGAGUAAAGGUACUCAAAUUAAACCUUACCAUAAGGUUUUAUAAAAUGAUAUACUUAGGUUAUCAGCUCAGUACUCUUUUUGUUAAAUUAUAAUCAGGUUCCUACUUGAGUAAAACUUCUCAUGAUAGGGACUGGUCCAAUUCGUUGGAUAACUGACU